UGUGGUUGGCUAGCGAUCUCAAACCAGGAAGUUCGAGAGGAAAUUGAUGGUAAACAAGAUGUUGCGGACAGGAUAGUGUACAAAUCAGUACUCUUAACAUGUUUUAUUUGGCAUUCGGUUGUACGCUAAGCUUCUAAAAGUAAAGCAGGGUCUCUUUGCGUUGUAAAGUUUUAUUCUCAAAUAAAACUCAAAAAUUUGACAGAAAGUGAUGAGCAGCUGUUCCACCUGCUCAGUCUGCAGCCCUCCGCUCACUACUUCUUUAGCACAGACGUCCAGCAUGUUGGACGCUGCCGCCGAGCAAAUGAUGGUCGAUAAAGAUUUCCAGGCAGCCUUUGAAACGUGCGAAAGAGGCCUGGAGAUUCUCGCCAGCAUGGACCAAGAGGACAACAGAUGUCGAGAAUUUAAGGCCGGUUUCUGUAUCUUAGGGAUUCAAGCACAGGCUGAGUUAAAUCAGUGGCAUGGUGUCCUCUCCUGGGUGCUUCAACAGUAUGAGCACCUGGAGAAAAUACCAGCUAAAAUAAUGCAGAUGUGAUUUUAUAAAACUCUCAAG